AGCUUCCGGGGGCGGGACUUCCGCCGCGAGGACAGCGGCUUUGCGGGUGUCUUUCCUCCAGGUCUGGGGCUGGGGUUUGGCUGAGUCCGGGACCAAGCCGCGUGCUGCUGGUGCUGGGCGGGCAUCUCCGGCCCCACGGCCCAGAUGCACAGCGCUCGGCGGUGGAGCCCGGGGUAAAGCCAGCCGUGCCACGCCCCUCACCGACCCGCGCCGGUUGCCUUGGAGUUCGCUGUGGUCCCGAUUGGUUUAGCAGUGCCGAGACUUCCUUCUCAAGCUGCAGGCACUGCUCCUUCGCUGGUCCUCCUCCCCAGAGCCACGCUUUAGGCCAGCGUCUUGCUCUCCCGCUUGCCAGUCUUGCGCUGUGGGGUCCCGGUGCAGGCUCCUUGCAGGAAGAGGUUUGGCUCCUAGAGUAGCUAGAGGAGCUUCGGACCUACGUGGGGGAAGAGUGGACUGUGAUCCUGCCCCCUCUGACCUAAUGGCAGCACCUCCGCUGGGCCGACUGGUGCUGACCCAUCUGCUGGUGGCCCUCUUCGGCAUGGGCUCCUGGGCUGCGGUCAACGGGAUCUGGGUGGAGCUGCCUGUAGUGGUGAAAGAACUCCCGGAGGGUUGGAGCCUCCCUUCGUACCUCUCUGUGCUUGUGGCGCUGGGGAACCUGGGUCUGCUGCUGGUGACCCUGUGGCGGCGUUUGGCCCGCGGCAAGGGCGAGCGGAUCCCUAUCCAAGUGGUGCAGGGGCUAAGCAUCGCGGGCACAGCCCUGCUGGCCCCUCUGUGGCACUAUGAGGCCCCAGUGGCAGGGCAGCCCCACUCGGUGGCCUUCCUGACGCUGGCGUUUAUAUUGGCACUAGCCUGCUGUGCUUCAAAUGUCACUUUCCUGCCCUUCCUGAGCCACCUGCCACCUCCCUUUUUACGGUCUUUCUUCCUGGGCCAGGGCCUGAGCGCUCUGUUGCCCUGUGUGCUAGCCCUGGCGCAGGGGGUGGGCCGCCUUGAGUGCCUGCCUGUGCCUGACAAUGGUACCACCGGGCCGCCCAUCAAGGUGUCUCCCAUCAACUUCCCAGAGCGCUUUUCUGCCAGCACUUUCUUCUGGGUGUUGACUGCCCUUCUGGGCACUUCAGCUGCUGCCUUCCAAGGUCUCCUAUUAGUACUGCCGUCGGCACCAUCUGUACCCAUGAUGGGUCCAGGGCUCCGGGAAGGAACACCAGGAGCAGAGGAGGAAGAGGAAGAGGCCUCACCUUUGCAGGAGCCACCAGGCCCGGUGGCAGUGACUAGUCCCAGCUCCGACCCUAAGGCCCUUCAACUGUUCUCUUCCCGAAGUGUCGGUCUGCUGGGGCUCCUGGCUGUCACCAACGCGCUGACCAACGGUGUGCUGCCCGCCGUACAGAGCUUUUCCUGCCUGCCCUAUGGGCGCCUGGCCUACCACUUGGCUGUCGUACUGGGUAGCCUCGCCAACCCCCUUGCCUGCUUUCUGGCCAUGGCAGUGCUGUGCAGGUCUCUGGCAGGGCUGUAUGGUCUGUCUGUGCUGGGCAUGUGCUUUGGAGCCUACCUAAUGACGCUGGCAGUCCUAAGUCCCUGCCCUCCUCUGGUGGGCACCUCUGCAGGUGUGGUCCUCGUGGUGCUUUCCUGGGUACUGUGCGCAGGUGUGUUCUCAUACGUCAAGGUGGCAGUCAGCUCCAUGCUGCACAGUGGAGGCCGGCCAGCGUUGCUUGCAGCUGGUGUGGCCAUCCAGGUGGGCUCUCUCCUGGGGGCCAUGGCCAUGUUCCCUCCCACCAGCAUCUACCGAGUGUUUCGAAGUGGAGAGGACUGUGUGGACCAGUGUCAGCCUUGAACCUGGGACGUGUGGGACGCACAUCCCCUCCCUUGGUCUCCACCUGGAGACUGCCACUUUGACUGAGCCCUGUGUGGCCUCCCUACUCACAGAUGCACUCGUGGAUUUUGCACACUCCAUAGGAGACCUGGCUUUUGAGAAAAAGACCAGGAUGAGGACCAAAGCGCAGGCCUGGAGCCAGGGAUAGGUUGGGGCUUGUGGCCUUCACCCUGGGACCUUUGUGGGAUUUGCACAAUAAAAACAUUUCUAUCUA